GGGUGCGCCUCUGGUUGGGCUGGGCUGCCGCGGCGAAGGCGACGAGGAAUUCGGCCCUGGGGGGUUGGCUCGGGCGGCAGCGGUAGCUGCUGCGGAUGGGAGCAGACCGGCUUGGCGCGCCCAUGGAACGCCACGGCAGGGCUUCCUCCACUUCCACCUGGUCGGCCGAGGAGCCAGCGCCCGGAGGGCUCGAGGGGCGGCGGCGGACGAGCAGCGCGUCGGCGUCCGCGGGAGCGGUCGCGGCCGCGGCCUCGGCCUCGGCCUCGGCCUCCGCGGAGGGCGUGAGGCGGGACCGACCCGGCUCCUACAGUGGCGCCACCUCUGUCUCCCGCCAGCGCGUCGAUAGUCUCAGAAAAAAGCGGCCGCUUUUUCCAUGGUUUGGCUUGGAUAUUGGUGGAACUCUGGUCAAGCUGGUUUAUUUUGAACCCAAAGACAUCACAGCUGAAGAAGAAGAAGAAGAAGUAGAAAGUCUUAAAAGCAUUCGGAAGUACCUGACCUCCAACGUGGCUUAUGGGUCCAUGGGCAUUCGGGACGUGCAUCUUGAGCUGAAGGACCUGACUCUGUGUGGACGCAAAGGCAAUCUGCACUUUAUACGCUUUCCCACUCAUGACAUGCCUGCUUUUAUUCAAAUGGGCAGAGAUAAAAACUUCUCGAGUCUCCACACUGUCUUUUGUGCCACUGGAGGUGGAGCGUACAAAUUUGAGCAGGAUUUUCUCACAAUAGGUGAUCUUCAGCUUUGCAAACUUGAUGAACUAGAUUGCUUAAUAAAAGGAAUUUUAUACAUUGACUCAGUUGGAUUCAAUGGACGAUCACAGUGCUAUUACUUCGAAAACCCUGCUGAUUCUGAAAAAUGUCAGAAGUUACCAUUUGAUUUGAAAAAUCCCUACCCUCUGCUUCUGGUGAACAUUGGCUCAGGGGUUAGCAUCUUAGCAGUAUAUUCUAAAGAUAAUUACAAGCGGGUCACAGGUACCAGUCUUGGAGGAGGAACUUUCUUUGGUCUCUGCUGUCUUCUUACUGGCUGUACCACUUUUGAAGAAGCUCUCGAAAUGGCAUCUCGUGGAGAUAGUACCAAAGUGGAUAAACUAGUGCGAGACAUUUAUGGAGGGGACUAUGAGAGGUUUGGACUACCAGGAUGGGCUGUGGCUUCGAGCUUUGGAAACAUGAUGAGCAAGGAGAAGCGAGAGGCUGUCAGUAAAGAAGACCUCGCCAGAGCAACUUUGGUUACCAUCACCAACAACAUUGGCUCAAUAGCAAGAAUGUGUGCCCUUAAUGAAAACAUUAACCAGGUGGUAUUUGUUGGAAAUUUCUUGAGAAUUAACACGAUCGCCAUGCGACUUUUGGCAUAUGCUUUGGAUUAUUGGUCCAAGGGGCAGUUGAAAGCACUUUUUUCGGAGCAUGAGGGUUAUUUUGGAGCAGUUGGGGCACUCCUGGAGCUGUUGAAGAUACCCUGACCGUUACCUGGGGAGGGGUUCCUGGAACCUUCCACAGUGGGACCUAUGGACUUUUGUUUUUUAAGAGACUCAGUUUUAUGAUUGUGUACUACCCAAAUCAAAGUGAGAAAGGACAAGUGUGUUUUUUGAAGUCAUCAAGAUAAAUCCUUGAUAAUUCAGCCUAAACUAGUAACCAGUAAGGGAAAGAUACAUUAAACAAAAAAAGUGGACCAUAUCCAUGACAGUGAGGAUUUGCUGUAUUUAAGUUUCUCUUCACUACAGUAUAGCACUGUUUACUCACUGUAUUUUUGAAAUCUCAGCCUCACUCACUGGAGACACUUCAGGGGAGAGUUCUGUGUUCAGCAGCAGACUGUGGUUUUGUGUCCUAUGAACUUGCUGUGUAAGGCAAGCUACUCUGUUACAACAUAAUCACAAUUUUGUCAUUAUGGCCUUGGAGAUAAUCAUCUGUGCAUUACAGGUUUGCUUUCUGCCUUCAUGUGAAUGUA